GGGUGCAGACCCUGAUGCCGCAAGGACAAGGGCUUCAGGUAGCAUGUGCUGUCAAAUCACCUGCAUACCUUUGUUAAAGAAUUUGUGAGUAUCAUAUUUUUAAAAUUGGUCAAAAAUUAUUUAGUUGAAAAUAACAAAAAUCGUGUCCAACAAGGUAUUCUUGACCUGCAGAAAAGUUGUCAGAAUCUUUUAGAAGUAUGCUGACGAGGCACCCAGGAGAGUGACUGCUCAUGUCUGAAACAGAAGAGCUCAGCAAUUCAGUCUCUGUUCCAUUGUGCCUAGUUAAUUUGAUACAUCCAGCUAUUUUUUUUAAAGUUCUUUUAAAUUCCAAAGGAAAUUCUGCUUAUCUUCAGCAAAAGACUGAAUGUGUUGGCCUUUUUGCUAAUGCAUUCAAUGUCUGUCAGCAACCAGGUUUAAAAGUAAUAAUGCUAUUUGAGUUUCAUCAGAUCUAUUUGCAACCAGUCAGAAAAUAAUAAUUAAGUCAGUCUAUACCUGUACAUUUUAUGUGAAAAAGUACUUAAGUUUUUUCUUUUUAGAAAUGGAUCAUUUAAUUCAUUUUCUAACCACACUGUGUUAAUACAGUCCCUACUUUUGAGUAAAAUUGUUCACUAACUACCUAUUUCUUCUCUCCUCUUUUGCCUUCAUUUCUCCUUUGAAUGUAUCCAUUGUGUAAUUUCACAUUCAACCAUGGAUUUGCUCCUGAGAACAGCCUGUUUUCAUAUGCCCACCAUCACCACUCAUCCGCUAUGCCUCAUCUCUUCCCCCAAACCUGUUGCCAGUCCCUGAAAUGGACUUGCUUUCAGACAUUUCGGAAGAAGACCCCUUUGGGGAGGCCGACCAAGUCACACUAGACAGCUUAGAGCUCCUUUCCACAGGGGAAACAUCAGAGCAGGGGGACUGUGAAGUCGCUGUCCUGGAUUCUGUCUCGGAUCCUCUUGUAGCGCCUUCUCAGAUUGACUGUCCUCCCAGCCCCGAGAAGCUAGAGCAGGCCGACCCCAAGGAUUCUGAGAUUGGGUCCUUCCCCUUCAGUUUCUGCAGAUGCCUUCCGUCCAGCUUGCCCUCGCUGCUCGAUGAAGAUGGGUAUCUCGCUUUCCCUAGCCUCCCCAAGGUCUGGGUCUCCUUCCUCCCUGCCGACGUCCAGCGCUAUGUUCCCAUCACCUCCCCUUCCUUCCUUCCCUCCCUCAUCCUCAUCUUUGGGCUACUUCUCUCUGCUUCUCAGUCAGUGCCUUUUUCCCUCACCUUUUCCCUUCCUCUGGCUCUGUCCCUCUGCUAUCUGGAGGCCAAAGCCACUUCUUUUCAUGUGUCUUACGACUGUGACUUGAAUGAGAGAACCGAGGAAGAGGAAGCAGUUGUUGGUACCCCGACAUAAGCUUCAAUCUGUGCAGUCCACUAAACUACACUUCAUCUCGUACCCUUCCCAGUGUCGAGUGUAAACAUGUGCAUAAACUUUACCGAUUACCCUCAAUGCAGAUGAGCUGCACAUUUUCACACAUAAAACAUUUCAGUGCAUGAGAAAUAAGUGUCAGCAUCUUCCCUUUCAUUGAUAUCCGUUGACCAGGUCCACCCAUUCUAAGUUGAAAGCAAAGUUAUAGGAUUAUUUUAUAAAUUUCUGUAGACCUUAUUAGGUCGGGAAAAAAAGAACUUAGGAUGCAGUGGACGUCACUGUAAUUGAUGUAUAUCAGUAGAGAUCCUAAUUAUUAGUUCUUUGGUUCGAAAGCCAAGCUCGUUCUUGCAUUUAUGCAUUUUUAUUCCCUUACUCCUAACAUUUGUAGUUCUAAACUCCUUGUCUCCCUAUUAUUGUAGUAGUUGGAGACCAGAUGAAUUUCAGGUAGUGUUGUGUUUUUUUAAACUCUAAAUCAUGUAAGUGUAUGGCAGAGUCACUGUUAGGUAUUUUGUAAGGAAGAUAUUAUUCCGUUGUCUUUUAUUUAACAAAUGUGUAUGGAAAAUGAAACAAGGCUUUUUGAAAAUUGAGAAUAUAUAGCCCUAAGGUUGGGCCUCUUAGUAUUCUUUAUUUAAAAUUAGAUGUUUGGUUUGAGGAUUUUUAUUCCUUUAUAGGGCUACCUCUGCACUACUAGUCAGUCCGUGCUAAUGUGUGCAUUACGUUUUUGAUUGUUUUGUAAAAUGUGGUCUGGUGACUUAGUUUCUCAAUAUCCUGUGGUUACUGUCAAUACAUAGAGUAAGUCUCAAAAUUUAGAGCAAACCUAAAGAAAAAUGUGAAGAUAAUGCUAUGAUUAGGCAUUGUGGGAGAAACCACAAAUCUUAGUUACCUGAGGAUGGACAUUUCAGAGAACUCAAUGUUGUCCAAGGAAUUGGAAGAUAAUUCUUAACAGAUUAUUGGCUGUGUCUAAUUUUUACCUUCUGAUAAAAAAGAUACUCUUAGUUCCUUGCUAACUUCUCAAAAAUACUUGAAUACUUUUUUUUUAAAAAAAAGCAUUUUGAACUCUCAGAUUGGACACUAUCAUUUUAGUAAAGAAGAAAAAGAAUAUAUGAUCUUGCUGUCAA